CAUAAAUGAGGAAAAUGACAGAUGAAAUUCAUUGCAUGAAUUUAGCAUAAUAUGAUGGCGGAUAAAACAGUUGACAUAUCUCGUCUUCCAGAAGAUGUCAGACAAAAACUUGAAGAGCUUGAUAUAGAGCUUGCAGAAGGUGACAUCACUCAGAAAGGCUAUGAGAAGAAGAGGAGUCGUCUAUUGGCAAACUAUGUCGCUCACUCACCUGCAGAGCCAAGUGCACCUAGCCCCCAGACUGCCGCGCAGAGAAAGGCUCACCGUAGGCUCACAAGGGAAGACAACCGCUACCAUUCAGAAAUCAGAACGGAGGCAGUGAUGCAGGCACUGGCUCUACACAACAAGAAACCUGUGGUUCCACUGCCAUCCAAACGGACAUCUGUCCAGUAUCCGGGUCAACAGCAGAGAGCCAGAGAAAGACACGAUUCAUCAUCAGAUGACGACGACAGUAUUUUUGGUGAUGACCAACACAGAGAUUUUCAGCGAGGGGGUCGAUAUCGUGACAGUGGGGCUAGCUCCUCCUCGUACUCUGAUGCCAGUGCCUCUCCCCAUCACGGGGGUCGGGGAGGGGACAGUCGACCCCACAGUGCAGCCUAUGCCAUCCCUGGGAAUACCUCCAGACAUGCAUUGGCUGACGUGUUACAGAAUGCCAGGCAUUCUCAGCCAAUCUCCCAGCCACCUGAUGUAACCAACAAUGCUAAGAGCACCAGACAAGCUGAUAGGGUUGGCCAUUACGCUCCAUCACACAUAUCAUCUGUCAGACUGAACAAUUCAGGAAACCUCUCAGGCCUUCAGGAUGAUGAAAUUCGACAUCAGGGGAAGGUCUCAGCUAAGAUACAGCAGUUAUUGAAUACAUUAAAGAGACCCAAAAGAAAACCAUUACCAGAGUUCUUUGUUGAAGAAGAUGAUGCUCUUGAAACACCAGCACCUGAUCCCAAUGCACCAAAACCAGAAGGCAGUGUCAUGUCCCCAUUUCCUGGAGAACAACUUGUGAUACCAACAGGUUUGCCUCGUAAUUUAGAGUCAGCAUUACAAAGAUAUGGAUCAUCUAGUUACAAAGCUAAUGCUGUGACUGUCCUAGACCAGAACGGAAAACCAUCCCUCACACUUACAUAUGGAAAACUGCUGGCCAGAACCCAGAAAAUAGCUUACAACAUGUUACAGAAAACAGGUCAUAAAGGGGAAGGUGGAAUUAAACCCAAUGACAGGGUGGCUCUCGUUUAUCCAAACAAUGACCCUAUAUCUUUUAUCAGUGGAUUUUAUGGCUGUUUACAAGCAGGUGUAGUGCCUGUACCUGUAGAAGUCCCAUCGUCCAGAAGGGAUGCAGGAGGGCAGGGUAUAGGGUUUUUAUUGGGCAGUCUCAAUGUAAAAUGGGCCCUCACCUCAGAGGCGUGUCACAAAAGUCUGGCCAAGACGGCCAGUGGAGAAGUCGUACAGUUUAAAGGUUGGCCCAAGCUGAGCUGGUUGGUCACUGAUAGUUUAAACAAGUCUUCAAAAGACUGGCAACCCCCUCCUAAACAGUCAGAGGAUAUUCCUGCCUAUGUAGAGUACACACAAAGUAAGGAGGGAAGUACAGUGGGUGUGACAGUGACUAGAAAUGCCAUGUUGUGUCACGCUAGGACCCUCACACUAGCCUCUAAUUACACAGAGGGUGAAGUUAUGGUCUGUGUUUUAGAUUUUAAAAGAGAUGUGGGUCUCUGGCAUGGUAUAUUAUGUAGUGUGUUUAAUGGCAUGCAUGUGAUAUUUAUUCCUUAUUCCUUGAUGAAAGUUGAUCCAGCCUCAUGGAUGAAAAUGAUCACCAAAUACAAAGCUUCAAUAGCUAUAGUGAAGUCCCGGGAUAUGCACUGGGGACUUCUAGCUCAGAAGGAUCACAAGGACAUUAGUUUUGCCACACUGAGGCUUUUGUUAGUAGCGGAUGGAGCUAAUCCAUGGUCUUUAACUUCCUGUGAUGCAUUCCUGAACUUAUUCCAAAGUAAAGGAUUGAAACCAGAGGCCAUUUGUCCUUGUGCCAGCUCCUCAGAGGCAUUAACUGUCUCAAUUAGAAGGCCGGGGCGGUCAAGUGCUAGUGCGACUGGUCGAGGCAUCUUAUCCAUGCAGGGUCUGAGUCACGGUGUGGUGAGAGUGGACACAGAAAAUAGUCUGACCUCCCUCACCCUACAGGACUGUGGACAAGUCAUGCCUGGAGUCAUCACUCAAAUAGAGUAUGUGUGUUGUUUACCCCUUUCAAUUGUUCAACCACAACACCCAGAUGGAACAGUGAUUACUGACAAGAAAUAUGUCAGGACAGGUCUCCUAGGGUUCCUGGGUCCAGGCGGGCUGGUGUUUGUAUGUGGAAGUAAGGAAGGCCUGAUGACUGUGUCUGGACGUCGCCACAAUACAGAUGACAUCAUCGCUACAGUCUUAGCCGUGGAACCCAUGAAAUUUAUUUAUAGAGGAAGAAUUGCAGUCUUUUCAAUUUCUGUUUUGAAAGAUGAAAGGAUUAUAAUAAUUGCUGAACAGCGGCCAGACUGCACAGAGGAAGAGAGUUUCCAGUGGAUGAGCCGUGUGUUACAAGCUGUUGACAGUAUCCAUCAAGUGGGUGUCUACUGCCUCGCUCUAGUCCCUCCCAAUUACCUACCCAAGACACCUCUAGGUGGUAUACAUUUACCAGAAACCAAGAAGAAGUUCCUGGAAGGCUCUCUUCACCCUGCCAAUGUCCUGAUGUGUCCCCACACCUGUGUCACGAACCUCCCCAAGCCACGGGAACACAGACCAGACUAUUUACAUCCUACAGCUGCUCAGUAUGUCACACCUUCUGCGGUCCACGUCGGGAACAUUGUACAAGGAGCCCGCAUGGCCCAGGCCCAGGGCCGAGAACUGGGCAGUACUGACGAGGAGUCAGACACUGCCCGUAAAGUAGGUCCUCAACACAUGUUUUUAACAGAAAUCCUUCGCUGGAGGUCUCAGACAACACCAGAUCAUAUUGUGUUCACAUUGCUCAACUCCAAGAUACAAGGAAAAUGGCCGUAUCAGGUUCAGCCCCAGGUACAGAUGUCCUGUUCACAGCUCCACAAGCGUGCAGAAAGGAUUGGCUGUAUGCUGAUGGAGAAAGGCAAACUGAACACGGGGGACCAUGUGGCUCUGAUUUAUCAUCCAGGUGUAGAUUUGAUAGCAGCUUUUUACGGGUGUUUGUAUGUGGGUUGUGUCCCUGUCACCAUUCGUCCCCCUCACCCACAGAACAUAGCCACCACUCUCCCCACAGUCAAAAUGAUUGUAGAAGUCAGCAAAUCCUCUGCCAUUCUUACCAACAGUAUUGUACAUAAAUUACUCAAAUCCAAGGAGGCAACACAGAUAUUAGAGUCCAAGUCCUGGCCCACUAUCUUGGACACAGAUGACCUUCCCAAAAAGAAGUUAGCAGCCAUUUAUCGAGCCCCCACCCCAGAGAUGAUCUGUUACCUAGACUUCAGUGUAUCAACCACUGGAAUGUUAGCAGGGGUCAAGAUGUCUCAUGCCUCGGCCACUGCUCUCUGUCGGUCCAUUAAGUUACAGUGUGAGUUAUACCCUUCAAGGGAAGUAACUCUGUGUCUGGACCCAUAUUGUGGACUAGGCUUUGUCCUUUGGUGUCUCUCAAGUAUAUACUCUGGUCAUCAUUCCAUACUGAUCGCUCCAUCAGAGGUGGAAACCAAUCCAGCUGUUUGGCUUACUGCUGUCAGCAAUUAUAAAGUGCGGGACACUUUCUGUUCAUAUGGAGUGAUGGAAUUGUGUACAAGAGGGUUAGGCACAUCAACUACUACAUUAAAGCAAAGGGGGAUUAAUCUGUCCUGUGUGCGGACAUGCUGUGUGAUAGCAGAGGAGCGACCCAGGAUCCUACUAACGACGUCUUUCACAAAGUUAUUUGCUAACCUCGGACUUACCCCUCGGUCCGUCAGCACAAGUUUUGGCUGCAGAGUCAACCUAGGAAUGGCAUUACAGGGAGCCUCCUGCCCUGACCCCACCACUGUGUAUGUUGACAAGCGAGCAAUGAGGAACGACCGAGUUACUCUAGUGGAGAAGGGAAGUCCUCACAGUCUUUGCAUAAUGGAAUCUGGCAAGUUGUUGCCAGGUGUCAAAGUUGUGAUAGCUAAUCCAGAAACAAAGGGACAGUGUGCUGAUUCCCACCUAGGGGAGAUUUGGGUAAACAGUCCCCACAAUGCAUCAGGGUAUUUCAUGAUAUACGGUGAUGACUCGCUGCACGCAGAGCAUUUCGACUCUCAUUUAGCGACAGGUGACACCACAACGCAGUAUGCCAGAACGGGAUUCCUCGGCUUUGUGCGGCGAACAGAGCUCACACAAAGUGAUGGAGAGAGGCAUGAUGCAAUAUUUGUUGUGGGUGCACUUGAUGAAACCAUCAUGUUGAGAGGAAUGAGGUACCAUCCGAUUGACAUAGAAAUGAGUGUCAUUAGGAGUCAUCGCAAAAUCUGUGAAUGUGCUGUUUUUACCUGGACAAAUUUAUUGGUUGUGGUGGUGGAGUUGGAAGGAAAUGAAAAUGAGGCUUUGGACUUGGUUCCCCUGGUAACCAAUGUAACACUAGAGGAACACUACCUGAUCGUAGGGGUGGUAGUAGUGGUGGAUCCAGGAGUUAUUCCAAUCAACUCGCGGGGAGAGAAACAGAGAAUGCACCUGAGGGAUGGUUUCCUUGCCGAUCAGCUAGACCCAAUAUAUGUGGCUUACAAUAUGUAAAUUACUGUAUUAUGCAAGAACUUGGUGCAGCUCUCUUAUUGUUAAGCAUAGAGGAUUGCAUACUUAAAUGAGUGGUGUAAUGGAAAUAUGCCAAUACAGAAAAAAAAAUCAGUGUGUGUGUGUAUUGUAUGCAUAUAAACCAUGUUCUACCCCCCUUCCUAAAGAAAUUCCAUUUUUUCCUAGUAGUCAAUCAAUUGUUUGUAGUUCAAACCCGUGAAAGUGUGUGUUAUUUUUUAUGUACAAGUUGUAUAAUUUAUGUUAUUAUAAGUGCUGCUUUCUUUACCUGCUAAGUUUAGUGUUUUACCAUUUAGAAAUAUUUAUCCAUGAAAUGGAAUACAUUCUAAGGAAUGUAAAUAAAUGAAAUGAAUAGAUGUGAACAAAAGAAAAAAAAAGCAUCAUCUGGUCAAGCACAUAAUUGUGAUAGAUUGUUAACUGUAGGUCAUAGAUCUGAAGGCUUGUGCUCAUUGUAUUGUUAGAGAGCAUAAUAUAAAUGUAGUAACAUAAACUCUACUAUAGGUGGCAUUAUUUGGUUCAGUAUCAAAAUCUUUAUAAAGAUAUUUAUACCUUGUGACUUUAUACAAGUAUUUUA